UGAGUUGAUGAGACCCAAAAACAAAACAUUUUCUCCUAUCCUUCCUUCCCAGCUGUUCAUAGCUGUCCAAUUCCUUUCUCCAUGUGACCCUACUACAUGCAGAUGCAGAUACCCCCCACACAUUUAUUUUUUUAUUUAUUGUCAUUUCAAUCCCCAUAACAAUAAUAAACAAUAUCACUAGUAUAUUGAAUUCAGUUCAUAUUCUUCUUCUUCUUCUGCCUUUCUAACAUUCCCUCUGGCUCCUUCACAUUCAUACACACAUGUUUCUUCGUUUCUUUUUGUCUACUUGACACACAAUAAUACAUAUUCACACAUUGCAUAUAUAUAAAUAACACCACACUUUCAUUUUCUUGAGUCUAUUCCAUUGUAGCUAUAGUUAGAGCUAGUUUCUGUUUGGUUAUUGAGUUUUAUAGCUUAUCUCUCAAAUGGCUCAAUUGCCACCCAAAGUUCCAAUUCCAAACAUGACACAACCUUGGCCUGAAUUUUCUUCUCAUCAAAAAAUGCCUAACCUUAAAACUGUUCCACCACUCAAUGCUUCAAACUUCUCCAACAAUCAACAAAACCCUUCAUGGGUGGAUGAGUUUCUCGACUUCUCGUCCACCAGACGAGGGGCUCACAGACGGUCGGCGAGUGAUUCUGUGACGUUCAUUGAGGCGUCAAUGAUGGAGCAUUGUCGCCGUAGAGACAGGGACGGUGAGUUUGAAAGGUUUGAUGAUGAACAAUUGAUGUCUAUGUUUGGCGUGGAUGAGGUUUCCGGGAAAAACAUGAUGCAGCCGCCAGCCGCAGCCGGAGCAGCUACAUUGUACUCUAACUCAAACCCUUCAACUCCUUCUGAUAAUAACAGCAUCAACGAAGAGGAGGAGGAGGAUGAAAAGCAUCAUCAACAACAGAAACAAUUGAAGCAUGAAUCUGAUGAGGAUGAAUUUGAUGAAUGCAAACAGGAAACCGCACGAGUCGUCAAUGAUGAGGAUGAAGAUACUAACGGAAACACAUCUUAUUCAAGUCAGAAAAUUACUGACCCCAAGAGGGUCAAAAGAAUCUUGGCAAAUAGACAAUCCGCACAGAGAUCAAGAGUGAGGAAACUGCAAUACAUAUCAGAGCUUGAGAGAAGUGUAACUUCAUUACAGGCAGAAGUAUCAGUACUGUCACCACGAGUAGCAUUUCUGGAUCAUCAGAGGUUGCUUCUAAAUGUUGAUAACAGUGCUCUCAAGCAAAGAAUCGCAGCUCUUGCCCAAGACAAAAUCUUCAAAGAUGCUCAUCAAGAGGCAUUAAAGAGGGAGAUAGAAAGGCUGAGACAAGUUUAUCAUCAACAAAACAUCAAGAAUAAUGCUUCACCAUCUCCAUCACCUAAACCACCUUGUGAUAAUGAUACUCACAUUGAAAAUGAACAUCUUAUCAAUGUCUGAGACCUAGCUGCUAUAGUUCACAUGAUUCUAUGCUGUCAUUUCUUUUUUUAUUCAAGAAACAGCAUAGUUUUGCUAGAAGGAGUAAUGAAGGUAAAAGCAAAAAGAUAUUAGGCAGAAUAUUAGUGGUAAGCUCUUGCUAUCAAAACUGUGGCAGUCACGUGAUGUGUUCCACUUUAUAGAAUGGGACCACUCAAAAUUGUAUGAUUGGGAUUCAGUGAGACACAUGUGCAACACUCAGUGAUAUCAAUAUCAGAGAGAAGAAAGAAACAGUGCUUGAUGGUGUUGGUGUCUGCUUUAACUAGAUGGGGUUUAUGUAAUGUAAUGUUGGAGAUUCUUUCAUUUCUAUUUUUGUUAUUAUUAUUUCUUGUCUUUGCUUUUAUUUCAAUUUUAUGGUGUUUUUCAAUUCAAGUUGGAAAACAGAAACUAGUGGAGUUUUGUUUUCUUGUACUGUUUUUAUUAUUAUUGCUGCUUUAUUUUGACAUAAUAAUUGGAAAAGUUAAUCCAAGUGUAAAUAUUUUCAUCAA